AUGAGCGAGGCGGGGUCGGUUGCCAUCCAGCACCAGCUAAACGCCAACUACUACCUCAAUACUGCCUCCUUCACGCUCCUCUUCUACGACUACCUCCUCACCCUGCCGUUGGAGACCGCGCGGUUUUGGCCCGCAGCCAGCAGGCACCGUGUCUCAGCGGUGAACGUGCUGUUCUUUGUGAACCGCUACGGCACCCUCUUCGGGAAUAUCCCGGUAGUAAUGCAGUAUUUCUGGACCGGGCGGCCGAGCGCAGUCAAACUAUCCGUUUGCAUCUCCCUCCACACCUACCACCAGUACUUUGCCGUCGUCACACAGAUCAUCAUUGGCAUAAUGCUUAUCCUCCGCACCUACGCGCUUUACGAGCGCAAUCGCCGCGUUCUGACGCUCAUGGUCUGCGUGGCAGCCGCAGUCAUCGCAGUCGGUGCCUGGGCCGUGCUUGCGCCAACCCACGUCCCCGAAGACGCACCGCGGAUAUCGCUCUACAUCGGGUGCUUCUCUGCCGUGAAUGAGUCCCAAACGACCCGGCUGGCGAUUGCGUGGGGCGCCGGCACAUCGGCCGCGGCGGGGGGGCAGGGGGAGCGAACUGGUCGGAGUGCUUUUACGCGACGGAUCGAUAUACUUUGGUGUGAUACUGCUGUCAACGAUCUCCAACAUUCUGACCUUUGUACUUGCCGCCCCUGUCACCCGGGGCCUGCCCACGACCUUCACCAACGUCAUUUCCUCGAUCAUGAUCUCCCGCCUGAUGCUCAACCUCCGCGACCCGGCACUCGCGAGCAUGUCCGGCCGCGGCGGCAGUACCUCGCGGACACAGACGUUCACGGCCCCCGACUCGGUGGGUAUGUUUUCCACGCGCGCGGACGGAGGACUGCCAGGAGCACCUUGGGUUCGGAUGCAUAA